AUGAGCGGCGCGGGUGCGGGCGGGGCGGCGGCGUCUGCAAACUCCGCGCUGCCUGCGCAGGAGGAGGGCAUGACGUGGUGGUACCACUGGCUGUGCCGCCUGUCGGGAGUGUUGGGGGCCAUCUCUUGUGCUGUCUCCGGUCUCUUCAACUGCGUCACUGUUCACCCCCUCAACAUUGCGGCCGGCGUGUGGAUGAUCAUGAACGCCUUCAUCCUGCUGCUUUGCGAGGUACCCUUCUGCUGCCAGUUCGUGGAGUUUGCGCACACGGUGGCCCAGAAGGUAGACCGGCUCCGCUCCUGGCAGAAAGCUGUCUUCUACUGUGGGAUGGCCAUCGUCCCCAUCGUCAUCAGCCUGACACUGACCACUCUGCUGGGGAAUGCCAUCGCCUUCGCCACUGGAGUGCUGUAUGGACUUUCUGCUCUGGGCAAAAAGGGCGACGCCAUCUCAUAUGCCAGGAUCCAGCAACAGAAGCAGCAGGCUGACGAGGAGAUGCUCACAGAGACCCAGGAUGGGGAGCUGUGA